CACAGCUCUACAGGCGGCCAGCAUCUCUGUGUACACCGACAUAUAUGAUGUAUCCGGAAUAACCUGAGAGAAAAACACAUAGCAGCAGCCAGGACGCUCUGGACUUUGGGAGACUUUUUUUUUAAAAAACUUUUUUUCUUUUUCUUUUAUGUUUUGAAUUUGAAUUAAUGUUUCAUGUGUGAUGGCUAACGUGACAUCGGUUGAUGUGGGAGUUCUGAUUCUUAUCGUGGUGACAGCAUCUCUGGCAAACGGUUCCUCAUCUGGCAAAGAUGUAAACCAGAGGAGGGAGGCGGAAGCCAUCAUGCUGAGCACGCGUCCGUCCGGAGGUGUGGACGACCUCGCCCCUGUUUCUUCUCAAGGUGAAGCGAAGCCCUGUGACCCGCCGGGGGCCAGGAGGCGUGCGAAGAGAUGCACGUGCUACACUUACAAAGACAAGGAGUGUGUGUAUUACUGCCACCUCGACAUCAUCUGGAUCAACACACCAGAGCACACUGUACCAUAUGGUAUGUCCAGUUACCAGGGGUCUCUGCGUAUGAAGCGCUCUGCUGGGACUGCCCAGCGCUGUGCGUGCACACUGCAGAGCGACUCUCACUGCAACAGCUUCUGCAUGGACAGGCAGCGGAGGCCACCCAGAGCGACAUCUGACAUAGACAAGAGGACACCAACUCUGCGCAGCGGGCCCGCUAUGAAAUGA